AUGUCGCUCAGGCGCUCAGCUAGAUUGAGUGCAAUUCCAAGCAUCAAACCCCCACUACCGAGCUCACCAGUCAAAGUGACCAGGGUGCAGAACAGCUCCGUCACUAAGCCUCGCAAGGCGAUAACCAAGAAAACAGCUCCAAAACCAACAAAGGCACCUGAAAAGCCAACAACCUCUUACUGGUCACCAGAACCACCCACUACAGACGACUCUACUCAGAAACUAGCCGAAAACAGUGUUACUACUGAUACCCCCAACAACAGACCUCACACCCCACCUCCCCUCGACCGUCCAGUCGACCCGCACCGAACAAACGUAACGCUCCUGACACCCCACGGCUCCUCCGUCUCAGCCUAUCCACCCCGCACAGAAGAUGCCUCACCUUCAAAGACUGGUCUCCCUCGACCAGCAGCUACAACUGGAACAUUACUCGAGAAAGGGCUUGCGCAUUUAAUCGCCACAGACCCGCGUCUCAGAACAGUAAUCGAGCUGCAUCCCUGCCCGCUAUUUUCUCCGGAAGGUCUUGCAGAGAAGGUUGAUCCCUUCAAUAGCUUGACAAGCAGUAUCAUUGGACAACAGGUCUCAGGCGCCGCGGCCAAGUCAAUUCGGAAUAAGUUCCUGGCACUUUUUGAUCUGGAGAAUUCGAUUGCGGAGAAUGGUCGUUCGAAGUUUCCGUUACCUGAAGAAGUCGCUCGGUGUGAUAUUGUGACGCUGCGCACGGCUGGUCUUUCUCAGAGAAAGGCGGAAUAUAUACAGGGUUUAGCGGAGAAGUUCGCGAAUGGCGAACUUAGUGCGCAGAUGUUGGCUCGCGCUAGUGAUGAGGAACUUGUUGAGAAGUUGAUCGCUGUGCGGGGAUUGGGAAAGUGGUCGGUUGAAAUGUUUGCUUGCUUUGCGUUGAAGCGGAUUGAUGUCUUCUCGACUGGAGAUCUGGGAGUUCAACGAGGCUGUGCUGCAUUUAUGGGCCGAGAUGUAAGUAAAAUGAAGGGAAAGGGUGGUGGUAAGUUCAAGUAUAUGGCAGAGAAAGAUAUGUUAGAGCUGGCGGCCAAAUUUGCGCCGUAUAGGAGUCUAUUCAUGUGGUAUAUGUGGCGGAUCGAAAAUGUUGAUGUAGCCGUCCUCACAGGGUGA